AUGCUGUUUCAGUUUUUUCAGAUCCUGUUUCAGUUUUUAGUUCUUUUGCUUUUGGUUAUAUCAGGUUGCUCCAGUAUGGACGUGAUCGUGCCCACUAACAUCAACGCGCUCAACGGGACCACCGUCAAAAUCCCUUGCACUUUCACUUCCUGUUACAAAAUGGACAUCACCAAAUUCGCCAUGAACUGGACCUACCAAGAGACGCUCAACGACACAGAGGAGAUGUUCAUGACGUACUACAGGAAGAAGGGCAUGGUGGCGCUGCGCUCGGACCGCUUUGGGGACCGAGUGAUAUUUGCGGGGAACCUGGACAAGAAUGAUCUGUCCAUCACACUAUCAGACGUCCAACUGGAGGACGAGGGCAUCUACAACUGCUACGUCCGAAACCCUCCUGACCGCAUCCAGGGUCAGGGGGUCAUCAAGCUCACUGUGGUCACUGAGCUUCCCCCUCCCAGAGACUCGACCAUAGCCGUUGCCAUAGGAGCGUCAGUGGGCGGGGCAUUAGCGCUGCUCAUACUGUCCAUGGUGGUGGUGAAAUGUCUGCGCCGACACCGCAAACAGGAGCUGAUAUCGGAGGAGAAGAUGGAGGAGGAGGGCAAGCUAGAAGCAGAGGGGGUGGCAGAGGAGGAGACCAAGUAA